AUGCGCUGCCACCUCCUGCUCGUAUGGGCCCUCGUCGCAUCGCUUGCUGCCGCCGAGAGCCUCCGCGCCGACGACUGCUGCGCGACAGGCACGUGCCCCAACGAGUGCCACCAGGCGCGGCUGCAAUUGAGCCCGCGAUGGAGCGCCAAGCUGCGCAAGUACGUCAAGACGCCCGUGAACCGACG